AUGGAAAGCCAGAGAAACAUCUCUGAAUUCAUUCUUGUAGGACUUUCUUAUGACAAAAACAUUCAAAUAUUUUGUUUUGUGUUCUUCUUAUUCUGCUACAUUUCCCUGUUGUCAGGAAAUCUUCUGAUCCUCGUGUCUGUUACCUGCAGUCCUCUCUCUGACCAACCAAUGUACUAUUUCCUCGCCCAUUUAUCCACAAUAGAUAUCUGUUAUACGUCCACUGUUACACCCAAAUUAAUUGCUGACCAGCUGGUGGAAAAGAAGACCAUCUCUUAUGGAAGCUGCAUGUUUCAGGUGUUGACCAUGCACUUCUUUGGAUGUGCUGAGAUCUUCAUUCUUACUGCCAUGGCUUAUGAUCGCUAUGUUGCCAUCUGUAAACCUCUUCAUUACAUGGUUAUCAUGAGCAGGACAAGAUGCAAUCUCCUGGUCUUAGCUGCAUGCAUCGGUGGGGCAAUCCAUGCCAUUCCUCUAUUCAUGACAGCCAUGACUUUGCCAUUUUGUGGUCCUAAUGUAGUUGAUCACUAUUUUUGUGAUGUUUUUCCUUUGUUAAAAAAUGCCUGUACUGAUACCUACAUCACUGGUGUCCUUGUGAUUGCCUUUUCAGGUAUGGUUGCCUUAGUUACCUUUGUUGUCUUAUGUUUUUCUUAUGGUAUUAUAUUAUACACUCUAAGAAAUCAGUCCGCUGAGGGAAGACGCAAAGCCCUCUCCACCUGUUGGUCUCAUAUCACUGUAGUCAUCUUAUUCUUUGCUCCUGUGAUCUUCAUCUACCUUAGACCUCCAACUACUUUCCCUGAGGACAAAAUUUUUGCACUAUUUUACACUAUCAUUGCUCCUAUGUUCAAUCCUUUAAUCUACACCCUGAGAAAUGCAGAGAUGAAGAAUACCAUGAGGAAACUGUGGUGUCAAACAUUAUUUUCAAAAGAAACACACAAUUAG